AGCCCGCCUUGCUGCAGGAGAGCCGUGGGGCUGACAGGAGCCAGGACAGCAGACACAGACACACACACACAGACACACACACACAGACAGACACACACAGACAGACAGACAGACAGACAGAGCUCGGAAAGCACGGACCGGGAUCGAGGGUUUCCGGAGAGUGCCGAGUCUGGUGCUGAGAGGACAGCGCCCAUCACUCCCACCUUCUCCUCUCUCGCCGCUCCCUCCAGCAGCUCCAGCAGCAGCUCCAGCAGCAGCUCCAGCAGCGCCAACCCCGCACCACCAGCCGCUCCGUCUCGCUCUCUGCCACCAUCCCCUGCUCACCGCACACCGAACAUGAGAAGCCAUCGGCUGCUCGCAGUUACCGUCAUCCUCAUGGUGUUGGCAGAGGUGUUUUGUGAAGAGAUGUCUCCCGAUGAAGACACGUCCCUCUGGGGGGACCGAAGUCAGGAGGAUUUGCUGGAGCCGGACUCGGUUCGGGAGUUGCUGAGGCGAAUGAUCAGGAAACCAAGACCAGAGCAGUUCUUUGGCUUAAUGGGGAGACGCUCUGCAGGAAGCAAACCUUUGACUCGCAAAAGGCAUAAGUUAGAGAGUUUUAUUGGACUCAUGGGAAAGCGUUCUUCAGCUGCUGAUUCCUCUUACGAGUGGAAGCCAGUACAAGACUUUAUCCAAAGACGUUAAUGAAUCAUUAGAGAAUAAUAUCCAAUGGAUGUAAUUUGUUUUAAUUUGCCAGGAGGAGAGGUUAUAAUGUUAUAGUAUAUCUCUCCCUGGUAUGAGUUGAUUGUUAAAACUAUUAAUUAAGUCUUUCGUUGAGAGAUUUAUUAUUUUUUUCUUGUCAUAUUUACAAAUGUUCAAAGUAGGGUGAACAUUAAGGAGGUGCCAAACGUCAUCCGAGUGUGUAUUAAACAGAUUUUGAUAAAACUCACAAUGUCCGUGGUAAUUGGAAAAAUAAAUGGUCUCAUAAUUGAUAUUCUAUUAUUUUGUCAUCUCUGUACUCAAAUUGUCAUUGUUGCCAAAUGUGUUCAACAGAUGAAUACAUUAGUCUCAGAAUUCAUGGUUGAUUUAUAGUGAGUGAUACAGAACUAGUGAUGGUUUUAUGAUUCAGUACAUAUUAUUACAGUUUGUAUUUUAAUGUGCCUCAUUGUUUCAUAAUAAAUGUAUUGUAAUUAAUGCAACAAAAACAUACUUGUAUUAUUCUAAGACAUCUAUGAGAAUGUUCGCCAGCAACAUAUAAAAAAUGUUUCAAUUGGAUUUUUAAAAUGCGAAGUGUGCAUCAUGACUGGGAUUGCCAUUCAUUGUUUAACCAAUUUGGCUGGAUUAAAAAUGUUUUUAAAAAAAACUCACACUGCUAUUUUGCGUAGACAAAAUUAAAUCGAAAAGGAA